AUGGGUUCUCAAUCUAACAAUGGCAUCAGCUACCCCACUUCAGAGGCCAAUCUCUGCGCCAACAACUGCGGUUUCUUCGGCACUCCUGAUAAAGGAAACUUCUGUUCCAAAUGCUACAAGCAACUUUGUCUCCAGGUGCAGCCUUCUGUGAUAGACUCUCUCUUAUGUCCCUCCGCGCCGCAAGCGCUUCUUGACGAGGUAAAGCCAUCCUCUUCGGUCGAGCAGUCGCCGCCGUGCGCGGCUGGGCCUUCCAAACCCAAGAAUCGAUGCGGGCAUUGUAACAGAAAAGUGGGUUUAACCGGGUUCCUGUGCAAGUGUGGGACCAUCUUCUGCGGGGUGCACCGUUACCCGGAGAAGCACGAGUGUACCUAUGACUUCAAGGCUGCAGGGCGUGAAACGAUUUCUAAGGAAAAUCCUACUAUAAAGGGUGACAAGGUGCAAAGGUUUUAG